AUGCCUAGAUACAAGCGCAUGGCGUCGUCAUCCCCUCAACACGCACGCCGGUCACGGCGAAUUGCCAACUUAACUGAGAACAAUCGUGUUGCAACUCCUGUCAAAAACGAGAAUCACGUUACAGAUGAAAUAGAUGAGACAGAUGGGGAUGGAUCAUCAUUUCAUGAUACCGCCGACGAGGACCAUGGUUCUGAUAAUAUAGAAAUCGAGCACGACAGCGACGAAGAUGGGUUCGGUACCAUGGACAAAGAUGUCGAAUACGAAAAGCGAACUGUAUUUCAAGACGAAAAGAGCGGCAGGGUAGUUACUAUCAUUCCUCACGAGACCUUACGCUCGCUCAAUGGAGUUGAAUACUCAGACUACAAGGUACAUAAGAAUACUUUUCUAUAUCUGAUGGAUCUCAGAGCCAAUAACAGACGGACUUGGUUCAAACGCCAUCAAAAGGAGUUCAAACGUGCCUGGAAAGAUUGGGAGGUGUUUAUAGAAACUCUUACGCCCAAGAUCAUUGCGUUUGAUUCUACCAUCCCUGAACUACCACCCAAGGACGUCAUAUUUCGGAUAUACCGAGAUGUUCGCUUUAGCAAGGACAAGAGACUCUACAAGUCCCAUUUUUCCGCAGCCUUCUCCCGCACUGGUAGAAGGAGACCAUAUGCAUGUUACUAUAUCCACCUGGACCCGGGGUCAGCGUACGUCGGCGGCGGGCUUUGGGCUCCAGAGCCCCCGACGAUCCAGCUACUGCGGGACAGCAUUAACGAGAGACCUGAAGCGUGGCGUCAAAUUCUGAGUUCUGAGAAUUUCAGGGAUAUGUUUUUGCCGAAAGGGAAGGCCGGCGUGGAAGGAGCAUUGGAGGCGUUUGCUGAGGCCAACAAAGAGGGAGCUUUAAAAACAAAGCCAAAGGGAUAUGAUGUACAUCAUCGUGAUAUCGAGUUGUUGAAGUUACGGAAUUACCACGUUGUGAAACCGGUGGAUGAUGCAAUUUUUACCGCCGAAGAUGGGCAGGAUAGGAUAAUUAGUAUCCUUAGUAUUCUACUACCGUUUGUUACGUUCCUUAAUGAUAUCAUCAUGCCAAAUCAUGAUGAGUCUUGA